UAUAAUAACAUACAGUACCUAAAUUAUAAUUUAGUACAUGCACUUUGUAUGUACAGAUAUGAUUAUACUGAUAUUUCCCGAUGAUAACCUGGUGUCAUCGUAUAUAUUCAUGAAGGAAAGGACAAUACAGUACCUAUCAAGUAUCAAGUCAGUUGGUAUAUAGUGCUGCAACAUUCAUUCAUUUUGAUCGAGCACCUCAUUACAAAAAUUCUAAUAUGUUCCGGAGUGCAGUGAUUGCGCUGUCUUGUUUGCUGGCGUACGCACAUGGUCAUGGCCGGGUAGUGGAUCCAGUGGGCAGAGCCUCUCUCUGGCGUACUGGCUUGUUCUCUGACGCACCACCCAACUAUAAUGAUAACGGCCUCAACUGCGGCGGACUGCACCACAUGCAUUUUCGUACUGGAGGAAAAUGCGGUAUUUGUGGUGAUGCCUACGAUAGGCCGCAGCCUCGCGCCCAUGAGUUAGGCGGAACGUACGGCCAAGGACACAUCGUCGCUACUUACGAACAGGGCGAAGUCAUCAGCACCAAAGUUUACAUUAGCGCUAACAAACUGGGAUACUGGGAGUUCAGACUCUGCCUGGAUCCUCGCAACCAAACACAGGAAUGCUUCGCUAACAUUCUUCUGGAGUUAGAAGAAGGGGGAACCAAAUACUACCCGAAAGGGAAUGGUUUAUUUGACGUGAACUACCGCCUGCCUUCGGAUGUGGUAUGUGAGCACUGCGUGCUGCAGUGGAAGUACACAGCAGGCAACAAUUGGGGCACCUGUGCAGACGGUACGGGGGCCCUCGGCUGCGGCAUCCAGGAGAACUUCUUCUCCUGUUCAGAUAUCAGUAUUAAGAGUACACACGGCUACACAUCGAGCUUUACAUAACCAGUAUAAACUGAACGUUAAAUGUGCGGAAAGAUGAUGCGACGCGACACCAGGUUAAACUGGUUAUUUAUAGAUUUGUAUUAU